AUGUCCGUGCUUGAAUUUCAGUUGAACUCAAUGACUUCAGAGUCGAACAUGAAGAAAGGAAAUGGACAUGAGAAAAUUGACGAAAUUGGUAAUCAUCAGAAGGCAUACGGCGCGGGAAUGGAAACAUCAAUCGCCUCGCGAAGUCAAAUGGUUUUUUGUUUUAAAGUGAUGACGCAAGGUGAAGUAUGUGAAAAAAAGUCGAAACCAGACCAAACAGGUGGUUUUCGAUGGCUUAUUGUGUGUAGAAAGAAUUGA